AUGUCACAAAAGGUGUCGACUUUGAUCCCUGAGGCUAAACCUACCACUGAAUACGUGGUGCACGACCUGUUCCAAGAUGAAGGCAAAGAUGUACUUGGUACUCUUAAGGCAUCCGAUACUCUGGAGCUAUUAGUUAAAACUGGUGGCGCAUGUCGUAUGGACCCGGACAUUGGAAUGAUCCAGGAUGACAAAAAGAAUAAACAGGUCUGGGUCAAACAGGUAGAGCCCAAAGUGGACAACAAGUGGUCGUAUGCUGUCGUUUAUAUGGAUAAUAGUCAUAUUGGCGACCGUUAUUUUAUGUCUGAGAAAAUAUCGACUCUAAUCCCGGGUGAAAAAGAUGUGUCCGAAUAUACAGUGGAAGACCUGUUUAAAGACGAGGUGUUUAAGGAUAUGAAGGGAUCUAAUUUGGAGCUGAAGGUGGCCACUGGUGGGGGAUGUCGUAUGGUUAAACUGGUGCCCAAAAAAUAAUUCAUAUACUGUACUUUA